AAUAAACAACAAUGCCAAACUGGUCAGCCAUUGGCGCCAUGCUUUUCCCCAACCUCGGGGGCUGGGCGGGAGCACUCACUAUGGCGGGACAGACAAAGCAGCCUGACGGAAAGGCCUGGUACCAGACGCUGAAAAAACCAAGCUGGACUCCGCCUAACUGGGUGUUUGGUCCGGCGUGGACUGCGUUGUAUACUGGCAUGGGGUAUGCUAGUUAUAUGGUAUACAGGGAUUGUGGUGGCAUGACUGAUAAGGCUAUCCUGCCUAUGGCAUUAUAUGGCGGCCAGCUUAUAUUCAACUGGACAUGGACACCGGUUUUCUUCAAAAUGCAUUUAGUGGGAUUGGCGUUCUUCCACAUCGCAGCGCUAGACGUUACGGCGGCGGCCUGCGCCCUCAGUUUUUAUGAAGUGAACCCAACCACGGCGUGGUUCAUGCUGCCUUAUCUCGCGUGGCUCGGCUUCGCUACCUGCCUUAAUUAUUCCAUCUGGCAGUUGAAUAAGAAAGAUAAUGAGAAAAAGGUUGGUCCGUUAUAAUAGUAGUGCUAACAAGGCAAUAACUAAAGGGCGCAUAG